AUGAGAGAAAGGCAAGGAGAGAAAGGCAAGGAGAGAAAGGCAAGGAGAGAAAGGCAAGGAGAGAAAGGCAAGGAGAGAAAGGCAAGGAGAGAAAGGCAAGGAGAGAAAGGCAAGGAGAGAAAGGCAAGGAGAGAAAGGCAAGGAGAGAAAGGCAAGGAGAGAAAGGCAAGGAGAGAAAGGCAAGGAGAGAAAGGCAAGGAGAGAAAGGCAAGGAGAGAAAGGCAAGGAGAGAAAGGCAAGGAGAGAAAGGCAAGGAGAGAAAGGCAAGGAGAGAAAGGCAAGGAGAGAAAGGCAAGGAGAGAAAGGCAAGGAGAGAAAGGCAAGGAGAGAAAGGCAAGGAGAGAAAGGCAAGGAGAGAAAGGCAAGGAGAGAAAGGCAAGGAGAGAAAGGCAAGGAGAGAAAGGCAAGGAGAGAAAGGCAAGGAGAGAAAGGCAAGGAGAGAAAGGCAAGGAGAGAAAGGCAAGGAGAGAAAGGCAAGGAGAGAAAGGCAAGGAGAGAAAGGCAAGGAGAGAAAGGCAAGGAGAGAAAGGCAAGGAGAGAAAGGCAAGGAGAGAAAGGCAAGGAGAGAAAGGCAAGGAGAGAAAGGCAAGGAGAGAAAGGCAAGGAGAGAAAGGCAAGGAGAGAAAGGCAAGGAGAGAAAGGCAAGGAGAGAAAGGCAAGGAGAGAAAGGCAAGGAGAGAAAGGCAAGGAGAGAAAGGCAAGGAGAGAAAGGCAAGGAGAGAAAGGCAAGGAGAGAAAGGCAAGGAGAGAAAGGCAAGGAGAGAAAGGCAAGGAGAGAAAGGCAAGGAGAGAAAGGCAAGGAGAGAAAGGCAAGGAGAGAAAGGCAAGGAGAGAAAGGCAAGGAGAGAAAGGCAAGGAGAGAAAGGCAAGGAGAGAAAGGCAAGGAGAGAAAGGCAAGGAGAGAAAGGCAAGGAGAGAAAGGCAAGGAGAGAAAGGCAAGGAGAGAAAGGCAAGGAGAGAAAGGCAAGGAGAGAAAGGCAAGGAGAGAAAGGCAAGGAGAGAAAGGCAAGGAGAGAAAGGCAAGGAGAGAAAGGCAAGGAGAGAAAGGCAAGGAGAGAAAGGCAAGGAGAGAAAGGCAAGGAGAGAAAGGCAAGGAGAGAAAGGCAAGGAGAGAAAGGCAAGGAGAGAAAGGCAAGGAGAGAAAGGCAAGGAGAGAAAGGCAAGGAGAGAAAGGCAAGGAGAGAAAGGCAAGGAGAGAAAGGCAAGGAGAGAAAGGCAAGGAGAGAAAGGCAAGGAGAGAAAGGCAAGGAGAGAAAGGCAAGGAGAGAAAGGCAAGGAGAGAAAGGCAAGGAGAGAAAGGCAAGGAGAGAAAGGCAAGGAGAGAAAGGCAAGGAGAGAAAGGCAAGGAGAGAAAGGCAAGGAGAGAAAGGCAAGGAGAGAAAGGCAAGGAGAGAAAGGCAAGGAGAGAAAGGCAAGGAGAGAAAGGCAAGGAGAGAAAGGCAAGGAGAGAAAGGCAAGGAGAGAAAGGCAAGGAGAGAAAGGCAAGGAGAGAAAGGCAAGGAGAGAAAGGCAAGGAGAGAAAGGCAAGGAGAGAAAGGCAAGGAGAGAAAGUUAACUGGCAUCCUCAAUCAUAUAAUGACUUCUGAUGAAAUUCAAAAUUUACAGAGGGGAAGUUUGGAAAUGCUGAUUAAGCAGCAAGAUAACCAGAACGAGCCGCCGGUGGCAGAACGAGCCGCCGGUGGCAGAACGAGCCGCCGGUGGCAGAACGAGCCGCCGGUGGCAGAACGAGCCGCCGGUGGCAGAACGAGCCGCCGGUGGCAGAACGAGCCGCCGGUGGCAGAACGAGCCGCCGGUGGCAGAACGAGCCGCCGGUGGCAGAACGAGCCGCCGGUGGCAGAACGAGCCGCCGGUGGCAGAACGAGCCGCCGGUGGCAGAACGAGCCGCCGGUGGCAGAACGAGCCGCCGGUGGCAGAACGAGCCGCCGGUGGCAGAACGAGCCGCCGGUGGCAGAACGAGCCGCCGGUGGCAGAACGAGCCGCCGGUGGCAGAACGAGCCGCCGGUGGCAGAACGAGCCGCCGGUGGCAGAACGAGCCGCCGGUGGCAGAACGAGCCGCCGGUGGCAGAACGAGCCGCCGGUGGCAGAACGAGCCGCCGGUGGCAGAACGAGCCGCCGGUGGCAGAACGAGCCGCCGGUGGCAGAACGAGCCGCCGGUGGCAGUGA